UGCUCGGCGGCUUGUGCACACGCCUUGCGAGCGGCGGCGCCAUGGGUCUGACUUCCAAUUCCAGCGUGCGAGUUGAAUGGAUUGCAGCAGUUACCCUUGCUGCAGGAACAGCUGUAAUUGGAUAUCUAGCUUACAAAAAAUUCUAUGUUAAAGAUCAUCGCAAUAAGUCUAUCAUAAACCUUCACAUCCAGAAAGACAACCCCAAAGUAGUACAUGCUUUUGACAUGGAGGAUCUGGGAGACAAAGCUGUGUACUGCCGUUGUUGGAGGUCUAAAAAGUUCCCAUUCUGUGAUGGAUCUCACACAAAACACAAUGAGGAGACUGGAGACAACGUGGGACCUCUGAUCAUCAAGAAAAAGGAAACUUAAUUGGACAGUUUCGAUGCUAAAAGUCAACUCAUUGUGAUGUUAUGUGAUUGUUUAAUCAGAAUGGCUACCACUUCUGUCUGAUUCACCCCUCCUGGAUUCUAGAUGUGGUAUAUUGCAAAUUUCAGCUUUCAUGUUCAUGGCAUUUGCCUUACUUGUUGAAACAUCGUGGUGCACAUUUGUUUAAACAGAAAAAAAAGGAAAAAACCAAUUUCAUGGCUUGUGGGUUCUUUUAGUCUUGUCAGGAUCCGUUUCUUCACAUUUAAGAUAUGGUGUUAGAAUAUAGUUGUAUCUUGAAGUUAACAUUAAAUUAUUUUCAAAGUCUUAUAUAUGCAGAUCCUACUUGUUUGAAAGAAAAUUACUCCCUUUUCAUAUUUCUUAACCUACAAGAUAAAUAGGAUAUGAUUAAGUUGCAUUAAUUUCUUAAUACAGUCUAGGAAAACCCUGUUAUGACCAUGAUUUUCUUCUUGCAUUGGUAAUGACAAUAAGAAAAUGUGGUUUCAGUGUCUUCAAAAUUUUCAAUUAGAAUGGACUGUGAAUAUUUUUUCAAUUAUAAAUCAUCCAGGUUAGUAAUAAAGGGGCAGCAACUUCCUUGUGUUCAUCUUCAUGGAUAUUAAAUUGGUCCAUUAAGGAACCAAAAGUAGAAAUUUAGAUCUUGAUGAUGAUAGAUUUAAAGUGACCAUGAAAAGUGUCUUUAAAUGUAAUUUCCAGGAUGCUGGCCCAAGGAGUGGUCAGCCCUCCAAACUAAGGAUAUGGAAAGAGACCAAACACAUGAUCAGUCUUUUGAUCACAAGGCCACACAUCCAUGACAGAAAUAGUAGUCACAAAGUAUGCUCACGGGCGUGAGAAAAAAUUUUAUUUUCCACAUUGGAUAAUCAAACACAUGACAUAUAAUAGUGAAAUUAUUUUAGAAAUUUAAAAGAAUUAGAUAUUUUAAGUGACUUAAUACAUUUUCUUAAAAGGAAAAAUUUGAAGACAAUUGCAUCUGUAUUGCUCUGCAAAGACUCAGCAGAAGCAAUGGAUUCAUUACUGAUUCUAAAAAAGGAAACUGAAAACUAAAAAUGAUUAGAUACAGUAAAAGAAGACAGAAAUAAUAGGUGUUAGAGUUUUAUAGAUGAGAAGGAAAAGUCAUGACAGCAUAGAUAAUUUGGGCAAUCAGGUAAUUUGACAUUGAUAGAACAAGUAAACAUUUCCUUUAGUACACUUGCAUUCUCAGUAGUAGUUGAUCACAAAAUUCCAACCAUGGGUGUCAUAAGAAUCAAAACAGACUGCAAUAUCCCUACAUCUGUUCUGUGCUGUUUGUUCAUGCAAUGCAAGCUUCAGAUAUGCCAGGCAAGCUGUUUACCACUGAGGCCCCAAUCACAGAUAUAUUUAAAAUACAUUGUUUAAUGUAUUAAAUAGGUAGUGGUUGCUGCUAAAAUUAUGCACACUUGUUUUAAGUAACCUGUGAGACUGCUCUAGGUGUGUUUUUAAAGAAUAUCUUCAGUACAAGAUCAUGAGUUCGAUCCCCGGUACCAAAAAAACCCUACAAUCUUCUUCACUUAGGUUAGAAUUUUUCACUGCCAGCCCCCAGUUUUUUAAGUAAUUAUGAAUGAUCAGCCUCAGAGACCAUCAUCAUUUUAAAUUUAAAGGUUGUUUUAAAGAAAAAUCUGUAAACCUCCAAAAUUUCUGAAGCAUUACAGUAUACAAUAAACUAUCUUUAAUUUAAAAAAAAAAGAA